AAAAAAAAAAUGCGCGUCUAAUAAACUUUAAACGAAAAUUCAGUUUAUCUCAAAACUUGCAAACCAGUUAUGGUUCAACUGAGGAAGGUCAACUAGCGGCCAUCUUUGAAGCGAAAAAGUAUUUUGCUAUCCUUUACAACAUCUAAUCAAUGUAUACUUGGGAUAUUUUACUACUGAUUGAUUUUCAAAAAGAUUUCGCCAAUGGUGCUUUUUUGUUUUCAAAGAUGGCCGCUUAUUGAGGCUAUCUCAGUUGAACCUUAUGCGAAUUCAAAGUGUUUAGCGUUUUUACGUCGUCAUCAUCUCUUGUGCGUGCAUCUUCAUAGUAGAAUAGGUUUAUCUUAUCACCUAUCACCUUCAUCAUACAUUUUCCAUAUGUGAGAAAGCUGCGCUGGAUUAUUACUCUUUGUCAACCGAUUAUUUUAACACCUGAAUCCUCGAAACCAUGAUUGAUUUUGUCGGUAUAAUUUUUGCUCUUAUUGUCGCUGGGGGAGGCAUUUUCGGCUAUGUAAAGGCAGGAUCCGUUCCGUCGCUGAUAGCGGGUGUUUCAUUUGGUCUACUGCUAGGCGUGGGGGCGUAUUUCAACUCGACCGAAAACCCAAUUCCACUGAUCCAGAUCAUCAUCCUGGUGUUAUUGGUAGCUAUGAUGGGCUUCCGGUGGAUUCGUGGUGGCAAUUUCAUGCCAGCUGGAUUGAUAACCGUUCUGAGUGUCGCAGUACUUGUGUGGACCUGCGUAAUGUAUCGGGAUUAUUUACCGUUCGUCAGUAAACCGGAAGCCACGGACGAGGCGGCCAGAAUUGAAAAUGUCAGAUUGCAGCAGUAAAUGUUUGUGUGGUAUUCUUAUUUUUCACCUUCACAGCAAACAAUUCGUUUAUUUGCGACAAGCCUCAAUAAAAACAACAUUUUUUAUAGUAGCUUUUCACGCUCGAGAUAGCACUACAAAAUUCAAAACCGUCGUCAGAAAUCCACGCCAAUUUAGUUAAACAUGCCAAAAAACGAAAAAUUUACGGACGGACUGGAAUGUAAUGUUACUACCUAUAGUAUCCUUGACCUGAGUAAUGGUAAAACCAACAGGUUACCUUGCGAAUAAUUAAUAAACUACAAAUGAAAGUGAAUUCAAGUGUCCGACUUGAACAAAAGGCAAAAAAUAAAAUUUUUGUUCAAACUUUUUUUGCUCGGUGUAAUACAGGUACAUUUUGAAAUCUCGUAAAGCAUAAUAAAAAAUCUUUAUAUAGUA